AUGGCGAGAUUUAGCACCUUUGUCUUAAUAAUUGUUCUGGCUACUGCUGUUUCGGCUUUGCCUCAACGCAAUCGUCCUUUCCCGACAACUAAAAAGCCGGAUCAGGCGGAACCAACUACACAGGAGACGACGACAAGCUCUUCUGAAGCAGCUCCCUAUCCGGCAUCAGGAUUUCGGCCGGGAAGAGCUUUCGAACUUCCUUCUGAGGACUCAGGAGUAACUGAACCAGCUCCAAGUUACGGCCCACCCGACCGUGAGGGCCGAGCCAACGAGCCUGCACCCAAUACACCUGCAACAAGUUACGGAGCACCAGCCCGUGGUGGACGAGCUAAUACCCCUGCACCUCCUCAACCCUCUUCCAGCUACGGUCCACCAUCUCGUGAUGCAAGUGCCAACAACCCUGCUCCUGCCACACCGGCUCCAAGCUCUCCAAAACCAACACGUGGCAGUCGUGCAAGGACACCAGCAACGCCUAAGCCAUCUACAAGUUACGGAGCACCAGCUCGAGGUGGACGUGCCAGCACACCAGCUCCUUCUGAACCAGCACCAAGCUAUGGCCCACCAGCCCGCGGAGGAAGAACUUACACUCCACCACCAACUGCUGAUCCUUUACCAACAUAUCUCCCUCCCUCAGAUAAAUAUGGUCCUCCUGAAGGGCAAACUCCAACAACAACACCUGAAGAGCCUGAAGCUGAACCAACUACUCCGAAACCUGAAACUCCACGUACCCUAACUGGAAAUGGAUUCUACUUCAUCCAGCUGCCCAAUGGAUUCAUCUCCAGAACAGGACUGCUUUCAGUAGGAGCUCCAGAAGCGAAGAGUCCUGAUGCCGAUGCAUCUGUAGAUGACGUAGAAACAAUUGAAGCAGUCACGCCAGCAUCUCGGCCCGUCCCUGCCGCACCAGCCGCUCCAGCUGCCCCCGCCGCUCCUGCCGCUCCUGCCGUACCUAUUGGACCAAUUUCCCCUGUUGCCCCAGUCUCGCCAGUUGCCCCAGUUGUUCCGACGGUAGGAGUUCAACCUGCUAUACAAACUCAGCAAACCAGCGUACAAUACUGGCCACCCCGACAAACCGAGAGGUUAGUAGCUGUGCAGCCCGAAGUUGUUGUGAGUAAUACACAAUAUGUACAGCCCCUUGAAUAUGCUGAAUACGUACAACCCGUACAAAGCCAAGCCCUUAUUGAAGCUGCCGAGCCCUUGUAUUAUAUUCAACCUCAAACCUACUCCUACACUUCUGCCUACAGAAGUUGGUGA